AUGCCCCCCCCCUCCUGUGUGUGUGUCCCCCAGUGGGCUUGCUCGUACGGGCGUCUUGGUGCUGUAGCGCUGCUGCUGGACAGGGGAGCGGACGUGAGUGCUACCGAUAACGAGUGCUGGACAGGCCUACACUGGGCGUGCCACACGGCAGCAACAGAUACGGCAAGGCUGCUGUUGGAGCGCGGCGCGCCAGCCGAUGAGAGGGACACUCAGGAAUGGACACCGCUGCAUGUCGCUUGCCACUCUGGAAGAACCGACACAGUGCGGUUUCUGCUGAGCGCUGGGGCUACCGUGUCUGCGAGAACGGACAAAAACUUGACAGCUCUGCAUAUCGCGUGCGAGAGCGGCUUUACCGACACAGCCAGGCUGCUGCUUGAUGCCGGGUUGCUCGUCUCUGCAGUAGACGAUGAGGCGUACUCGGCACUGCACCUGGCCUCGGCGGGGGGGCACACGGACGUGGUUCGUCUCCUGCUGCAGGCCGGUGCGGAGGGGGACUCUUCGACGGAGAGGAACCACAGGCCGUUGCACCUGGCGGCGCAAUACGGGCACAGUUCCGUUGUCCAUCUUUUGCUCGAGGCAGGGGCUGCUGUAGACGUUCGAGAUGACGGCAACUACACCCCGACACAUCUCGCGUGUACUUACGGACACACAGAAACUACCAGGCUUCUGCUGGAGUACGGAGCCGACGUCGAGGCCCUGGAUUCUGAGGAGUGGUCCCCCUUCCACUGGGCCUGCCAGCUGGGGAACGUUUACACCGCACGCCUCUUGAUGGCAAGAGGUGCCAACAGAGCGGCUCGUACCUCACGAGGACACCAGGCCCUGCACCUCGCGGCAGAGAACGGGCACACGGAGACAGUCAGGAUGCUACUCGACAACGGGGCCGACCCAAAUGCCAAGGACGAGGUCCUCUACACCCCCCUCCACUGGGCGGCCCAGUACGGACACCUCGAAGUGGCUUCCCUGCUCCUUGCUAAGGGAGCCGGGCCCAGCCACCAAGCCGACUAUCUCGACACACCCUUGCACCUAGCGUGUCUCCUCGGUCACGGUGCCGUGGUCUUGCUGCUGCUCGAGAACGGCGCAGAGCCUUCGGCGUUAGAUGAGGACGGGAAGCUACCGGAACAAGUGGUCGGAAUGGCGGAAGGGUCGAACAUCACCACAGCUGAAAAGGAAGCGAUAGCCGAAGCAGUCAUGGAGAGGCGAAGGCUCAUGUCGCCGGGAGGGGUGGGAGAGUCUGCGGGGAGUGCCAGCCUACCACACGCUCGACAAAGCGGCGGCGGCGGCGGCGGCGGGAGCUCGGAAAGGCUGUUACCGCUGCCGCGCUCGAUGGCCAUGGCUAGGGGUACAGCGCCGGUGACGUCGGAUCUGAUGAGCGGCCACUUCGCGUACGAAGAAGCUACAGAAGAAGAGGACGAUGACCAGGACGAUGACGAGGACGAGGAGGAAGAGGAGGGGAGUCAAGACGAGGGCGGGGGGUUGGCGAUGCAGGGGGUAGUGCACGCCAGAAGGCUACAACCACGCGACGGCAUGGGCCCCUCCUCGUCUGAAGAUGGGGGCCGCGGAAUGGCGGCGGGGGGAGGGGAAGCGGUAUCCCUCGCGGCUUCCUCCCAAGUUGGGGCCGUCCCGCCUUCUUCGCUGGGGGGAGGGGGGGCGGGAAGAGGGGGGGGUGGGGUGGGGGGGAGCUCGCGGGCAGGAAGGGGGGCCGGCAGGGGGGGGCACCAGAGGUCUUCCCGGGAGGAGCAGAUGGCCUCUUCACGGAGGCCAGCGUCAUCCCCGUCCCACGAUCACUCGCUGGCUGCGGCGGAACUAUCCCGCCUGAGGAUCGAGCUGGACCGAGCGCGGAAGUGCGUGGCCUGUCUCUCGAGAGAUCGAGACACGCUGCUGUUCCCCUGCAAGCACUUGGUGCUGUGUAGCCAGUGCUACACCCGCGUGGUGCGGCAGGCGGAGGACGACGCGGUGGGGGUGGACGCGGCGGCGGGAAUAGGCGGGCCCCCCGGGGUGCUCGGGACCGGGCGAUGCCCCACCUGCCGGGCGGACAUCUGCGGGCAUCUCAGCGGGAUAGUGAUCAACUAA